CUUCUACUGACUCGUCAUCUGCUCGGUCGGUUUCACCUUUUUCUCCCUCCCCAAGGGGGAGCGGGUGACAUGACCCGCUUUUCCAUGGCAUGGCAUGGCAUGGGCAGCCGAGGGGACAGGCGCACCCAGUGAUUCGUUGGAUGAGUCUCUCUCUGUAUUGUUGUUCUCUUCAACUUUCGUCUUUCGACUCUCUCGGUCUCUCUCUUUGUCCCCUUGGUCAUCAACAUCAUGUCAAUCCAGGCCCAACCCACCCAGCAAAGCCAGACACCAUCCGCGCUGCCACCAGCUAUCCAAAAGAAAAGAAAAGGCAGGUGCGGUGUAUAUCCUGAUCCUCUCCCAAAGCAACAUUACAUACAGGAAAUCACAGACCCCAAACCCAAUGCAUCGAACAGACCCGAUAUAUAUAGACGCAGGAGGAAGCAGAUACCAGCUAGGAGAAACCCCGGCGUCAUCCGCAUGCAAGCAAACACAGCAAAGGGAAACAGAAAGAAGAAGGCCGAAUAUGAACGUGCCGCCAAUGCAAAUAUAUGUACAAGCAAUGUAUCUGUAUCUCAACAGAUCUGGAACCCUAAGGAAGUUCCCUGUAUGCCAGCAAAGGGACGCAACAAGCCGGAACGAAAGAAAGGGGGGCGAAGAAGCAAAAGACCCCCCUUCAGAAAUUGACUAAAUGAUAUACACGCAAGAAUUAGACCUUAACGAGAAAAGGAGGAAGAAAUAACGAAAAGCCGUAUAAACAGCUCCUGAAAGUGACGGAUGAAGACCGUGGUGUUGGUGUCAUCAU